AGGCCCCGCCCGGCGCGGCGGGUGAGGUCACAGGCGCGCGCCGCUCCCCGCCCGGCCCUGCCGAGGCUCUGCCGCUGCCGCAGGGAGCCGCUCCGAGCAGGACCUGCCGGGCCCCGCCAGGCCCCGCGCGACCCCCGCCGCCAUGGAGCUGGCGGACGGCGUGGUGUACCAGGAGGAUCCCGGCGGGCCCGGCCCCGCCAUGAUGUCGGAGCGGGUGUCGGGGCUGGCGGGCUCCAUUUACCGCGAGUUCGAGCGGCUCAUCGGGCGCUACGACGAGGAGGUGGUGGCCGAGCUGAUGCCGCUGGUGGUGGCCGUGUUGGAGAACCUGGACUCGGUGUGCGCUCACAGCCAGGAGACCAGCGUGGAGCUGGAGCUGCUGCGGGACGAUAACGAGCAGCUGCUCACGCAGUACGAGCGGGAGAAGGCGCUGCGCAAGCAGGCCGAGGAGAAAUUCAUUGAAUUUGAAGAUUCUCAAGAACAAGAGAAAAAGGACUUACAGACCAGAGUGGAAGCAUUAGAGUCACAAACUCGACAGCUUGAACUAAAAGCAAAAAACUAUGCUGAUCAAAUUAGCAGACUUGAGGAGCGGGAGGCAGAACUCAAGAAGGAAUACAAUGCACUUCAUUCAAGACAUACAGAGAUGAUACACAAUUAUAUGGAGCACUUGGAAAGAACCAAACUUCAUCAGCUAACAGGGGGUGAUCAGCUAGAAUCCACAACACACAGUAGAAUUAGGAAGGAGCGUCCAAUAUCCCUGGGCAUCUUCCCAUUACCUGCAGGAGAUGCUCUCCUCACGCCCGAGGCUCAGAGGGAGGUGGCAGAAACACCUGUGGCAGAGCACUGGAAAUUCCACGAGCUGAGCCAGCCACGGUCCCACACCAGCCUCAAGGAUGAGCUCUCUGACGUUAGCCAGGCAGGCUCCAAAUGUACUACGCCAGCAUCCACAGCUGCUUCAGAUGUUCCUGUGCUGCCUGCUGAAACCCCUCAAAAGGAAAAUGUUGAAGGGCUUGCAAAGGACACAGAGAUGGCAAAUGAGAAACUGGAUGUAAGCAAGAAUAUUGAAGUACAGGCAGCUCAAGAGACAAGAAAUGUGUGCACUGGGGAAAAUGAAAAUGAAGAAAAAUCUGAAGUUCAGGCAAUUAUUGAGUCAACUCCAGAGUUGGAUAUGGAUAAAGAUCUCAGUGGAUAUAAGGGUUCCAGCACUCCCACCAAAGGCAUCAAGAACAGAGCAUUUGACCGUAACACAGAGUCACUCUUUGAAGAGCUGUCAUCUGCUGGUUCUGGCCUAAUUGGAGAUGUGGAUGAAGGUGCAGACUUACUGGGAAUGGGGCGUGAGGUUGAAAACCUUAUUUUGGAAAACACUCAGCUGCUGGAGACAAAAAAUGCACUGAAUGUAGUGAAGAAUGAUUUAAUAGCAAAGGUGGAUGAAUUGACCUGUGAAAAGGAUGUACUACAAGGUGAAUUAGAGGCUGUAAAACAAGCAAAGCAAAAGCUUGAAGAGAAGAAUAAAGAACUGGAAGAAGAGCUGAGAAAAGCUCGUGCAGAAGCAGAAGAAGCAAGACAGAAGGCUAAAGAGGAUGAUGAUAGCGAUGUCCCCACGGCGCAGCGCAAACGCUUCACACGAGUGGAAAUGGCCCGAGUGCUGAUGGAGAGGAACCAGUACAAGGAGAGGCUGAUGGAGCUGCAGGAGGCUGUCCGAUGGACUGAGAUGAUAAGAGCAUCCAGAGAAAAUCCAGCCAUGCAAGAGAAGAAAAGAUCAAGCAUUUGGCAAUUUAUGCCAACUCGUUUUAGCAGGCUCUUCAGUUCAUCCAGCAAUACAGCAAAGAAACCAGAACCUCCUGUCAAUGUUAAAUAUAAUGCUCCAACCUCGCACAUUACUCCAUCAGUCAAGAAAAGAAGCAGCACCUUAUCUCAAUUACCCAGUGACAAAUCUAAAGCCUUUGAAUUCCUCAGUGAAGAAACUGAAGCCAGUUUAGCCUCACGCCGGGAGCAGAAGAGGGAGCAGUACCGCCAGGUGAAAGCUCACGUCCAGAAGGAGGAUGGCAGAGUGCAGGCUUUUGGCUGGAGUCUACCUCAGAAGUACAAACAGAUGGCAAAUGGUGGACAGGGUGAAAAUAAGAUGAAGAACUUGCCUGUACCUGUUUACCUGAGACCUUUGGAUGAAAAGGAUACCUCUAUGAAGCUGUGGUGUGCUGUAGGGGUGAACCUGUCAGGAGGGAAGACACGAGAUGGAGGGUCUGUGGUUGGUGCCAGUGUGUUCUACAAUGAUGUGACUGGAGUGGAUGCAGAGGGCAACAAGCAGCAAACAGGAUCCCAGAGUAGCUUAGAUAAACUAGAUCAAGAGCUCAAGGAUCAGCAGAAGGAACUGAAACACCAGGAAGAAUUAUCCAGUCUAGUUUGGAUCUGCACUAGCACACAUUCUGCUACAAAAGUUAUCAUAAUUGAUGCAAACCAACCAGGGAAUAUUCUGGACAGUUUCAUUGUUUGCAAUUCUCAUGUGCUUUGUAUUGCCAGUGUGCCAGGGGCAAGAGAAACAGACUACCCUGCAGGAGAAGAAGGGUCCCAGGAAGCAGAUUCCAGCCAAGUGGACAAAUCCUCCCUGUGUGGCAGUAUGACCAGCAACAGCUCUGCUGAGACUGACAGCCUGCUGGGGGGCAUCACUGUGGUGGGCUGCACUGCUGAGGGUCUCACGGGGGCUCCUGGUGCUCAUGACACCAAUGGGGCCUCACCUGUGGUGGAGAAACAGUCAGAUAUUGAAGCUGAAAAUAAUUCAGUAGAUGAAAACAUUCCGACGGCAGAGGAGGCAACAGAAGCAACAGAAGUCAAUGCAGGGACAGGAGAAGACACAGCUGAUAUUGCACAAACUGGAGUCUACACAGAGCAUGUCUUUACAGAUCCCUUGGGAGUGCAGCAUACAACAGAGGCAUCUCCAGUGUAUCAGCCUAAUACUGAGUCAGAGUUAUAUAAGGAUGUUGCAGUUCUGCCAAGUGAGCAAGAUCUAGUAAGAGAAGAAGCACAGAAAAUGAGUAGCCUUUUACCGACCAUGUGGCUUGGAGCACAGAAUGGAUGCCUGUAUGUUCAUUCGUCAGUGGCCCAGUGGAGGAAAUGUGUUCAUGCCAUUAAACUUAAAGAUUCUAUUCUCAGUAUUGUACAUGUCAAAGGAAUAGUCUUGGUUGCACUGGCAGAUGGGACGCUUGCGAUCUUUCACCGGGGAGUUGAUGGUCAGUGGGAUUUGUCAAAUUAUCACCUCUUGGACCUGGGCCGGCCACACCACUCCAUCCGGUGCAUGACAGUGGUACAUGACAAGGUCUGGUGUGGCUACAGGAACAAAAUCUAUGUUGUUCAACCAAAGGCCAUGAAAAUAGAGAAGUCCUUUGAUGCCCACCCAAGGAGGGAGAGCCAAGUGAGGCAGCUGGCAUGGGUGGGGGACGGGGUGUGGGUGUCCAUCCGCCUGGACUCCACCCUGCGCCUCUACCACGCCCACACCUACCAGCACCUGCAGGAUGUGGACAUUGAGCCCUAUGUAAGCAAAAUGCUUGGUACUGGUAAACUGGGAUUCUCAUUUGUGAGAAUCACAGCACUUAUGGUGUCUUGUAAUCGUUUAUGGGUAGGAACAGGAAAUGGUGUCAUCAUCUCCAUUCCAUUAACAGAAACUGUAAUCCUCCACCAGGGACGUUUACUGGGGCUGCGGGCCAAUAAAUCAGCAGCAGGCUCUGGAAACCGUCCGGGGAGCGUGAUCCGUGUGUAUGGAGACGAGCACAGUGACAAAGUGACUCCAGGGACAUUCAUCCCCUACUGUUCCAUGGCACAUGCACAGCUCUGCUUCCACGGCCACCGGGAUGCUGUGAAAUUCUUUGUCGCAGUACCAGGUCAGGUUGUUUGCCCUCAGAGUAGUGGUGGAACAGAUCUAACAGCUGAUAAACAAGCCCAGGAGUCCUUGAACCAGAGUCCCUUAAAAUCAAUGUUGGUGAUAAGCGGUGGAGAAGGAUACAUUGACUUCAGAAUGGGUGAUGAAGGAGGAGAAUCUGAACUCCUGGGAGAAGCUCUACCACUUGAACCUUCUGUAGCCAAAGCUGAGAGGAGUCACUUGAUAGUGUGGCAAGUCAUGUGUGGCAGUGAGUGAGCCUGUAGGAUGCAGUUGGAGACCUUAAAAAUGGCAGGGGAGGGGAGGGGGGAAGCAAAAAAAAAAAAAAAAAGCUUCUGCAUGUUUUUUUUUUUAAUUUUGUGAACCUGUUUCACUACAUGAUGUUGAAGCAUUUCUUUGCUGUUUAACUUUAUAUUGAAACCUGUCAUACGUUAGCUGUACAGGAAUUACCUUGUGCUGUUUUACUGCACCCUGUUAAAUGGAACAGUGUGAGGAAAUCAGAUGUUUCUCCAGCUGGUGUGCACACCUCAGUGAGCAGCUGAUACAGUUUUACUGUACCACAGCAAUCUCAUGUGUUCACUUCUUUGGUAGUCUCACUUGAGUUAAGCUUUGUUCCAACUGAGCUUCAUUUCACUGUAUAAUGCAUUGGGUAAAACAGCAGAGUUAUUCCCAGAGUAUGAAAAAAAUGGACAAAUUAAAAGAUGGAUUAUUAAGACUCAUCCAAAUACUCAGUGAGGGCUGAAGCAAACUGUAUUUCAGCUUUUGUUUUCAAACCUGGAAAAUCUUGCUCAUACAGUGUACACAGUUUAAUUUGUUACAUUCUUCAGAAUUUGUGGGGGGAAAGAGGAGGCUGUAUAGGAAUUAAAAGGAAAAUAUUUAAAUAAAAUUGUAUUUUCACUAUUGAACCUUAAAGUUUGACAACUGCUGCCCUCAGUAAUGAGCAAUUUUGAGCAUAAUGUUUUUCCAUCUCCCUGACAUGGAACAACUGUUUCUAAAGGGUAUUCUUAUGUUGAUAUGAAUUGGAAAAUAACUGUAAAAUUCUCAAACAGGGGAUAUGUUUUGUUCUUUUCUUAACUCCUUAUGUCCUAAGCACUUAGAAUGAUCUUGUCUGCCUAACUGGUCAAACUCAUAAGGCAGUAUGUGUGAAGGUUGGAGACCUCAGUUAGAGCAUGCGAAAAGACUGAGAGUGUACAGGAAAAAAACACAUUCUGCACAAGUGAGAUCAUAAAGGUGAUGCCUCAGGCAUCAAAGGAAGUGUAGUUCCAGAUAAUUAGGUACAAAUUGUAUUUUUUUUCUGUAGCUCCAUACUCCAGUUGAGUUAAAAAAAUAAUUCAGCAACAAUAUUAUCCGGUAACACAAUGACAGAGAAAAUUCUCCUACCAAAAGUCAGGAGGCUAAUAUUAGGCUGACAUUCUGUCUACUCACCAUCUUUUUUUUAAUGGUAAAUGUGAGUUUAAGACUGUCUUUCUUUUAUGUUGAAAUUUCUGCGUUAGUAUCAGACCUAAGUUGAACACUUCAUGAUUUCUGUACUUCAGAAGAUUUAAAACCCCAAAUUUUCUCUUUAAUUUAGUCUCUGGAAAGUAAUAGUUUUGAGGGGUUUUAAUAAUCAUCCAGCAUUUAGACCCAAAAGGCUGGAGCUGUUCAGAUUAGCAGAGAAAUUUAGUAACUUGGUUAUAUGAGAGAACUGAACAGUUUCAGAGGAGUAAAUAUAGAAACACUUUUUUAAAACUGCCUAAACAUUUUUAUGCAAUAGGAGCAGUUCUGGUCUAUCAGGCAAACAUGUGUUUAUAUAUUUUCUUAAUUUUUAAAAUGAACACAUUUAGCUGAGGUCUAUUGUGUAAAUAUAUAUUUAGGCAGCUUUUUCAAAUGCAUAUCAUAGCUGAUAAACCAGAAAAUCUCCAUUCAGGUCUAUUGGUUAGAUUUAUAUGUAUAAAUACUUUUUAAGCAACAUAUUUUGUACACAGCUGUUCCUCUCGUAAAUAUGUAUUUAGGACAUGAACUAUGUAGUAAAAAUCCUUAUUAAAGAUGUUUAAUAUCUUGGUAGUAUUUUUCUCUUCAGAAUGCCAAAAGCAAUGAAAGCAUGUUCUUCAUAAUUUGCUUUCCAUAUUCAUCUUGAAUGUCACUCUUAAAGUACUUUGGCUUAAAUAUAAAGUCUGGAAGCUUAUUAAAAAUUAUACAAAUACCAAUUAUACAAAAGUAACCUGAGUCAACACUCUUAGACCUAUUUUAAACUUAUAGGCAUGUAUGCUGAACAUGAAGCACAUCUGAAUUAACUGAUGGGAUGUCUUAAGAAAAAUGCUGUCUAAACAUUUACUGUUGUGUAGAAUCUUCACUGUGAGUGGUGCAGUUUCAUUGCUUUUCCUGCCAUUUUCUUGAAUUUAUUUUUUUUCUCUUUGGAAAACACAAUCUCCAAAGUUUUUUUACUCACUGGUUGAUUGUCACAUUCUCAUGUUCUCAGAAGAAAAAGCGCACAAUUCUGUUAUUUGGUUCUUUGUAGGAUUUAAUUUGUUAUUAAAGACAAGCUGUUUUCUCUGAGCGGCGUUACUGCUCCAGCUGGAGCAGUGCAACCUGGCAAGUGUGUACCUGGUCUUUUGCCAAAUGGAGCUGGCCCACCGUGCCAUUUUAGUCACUUCAGUGGGCCAGCCCUUGCAAAUAUUUCAGAGAAUAAUGGAUUGCUUCUGUCCAAAAGUGGAAGGGUUUUAAAGCAGACAGUAGUUGAACUGUGUAGCACUAUGGGUGUAGAUAAAGGCAUGUGUACUUCUCUUUAUUUCUCAUUUUAAAACUUUAUCCCCUGUCCUAAGGUACAGUAGAUUACUGGGUCCCUGUUGCCGUCACAGUGUGCUGGGCUGUAUAAACUCCCCUUAAUGUCACUUUGAAAGGUGAAUAAAGCCUGCAGACGCCAGGCACUGCGAUGACAAUACACCCUCAACUCCGUCUCAAGAAUGUUUAUGCAUUACACUCGUGAUUAAAGCAUCAUAUAAAUAGGAGCUAAUCUCUUGAUAUCUACAGCUUGUUAAUAGUUUGGAAACAUUUCGAGCACAAAAUAUGCAGCACAUGACUUGCCUGGGUAGGGGUGUUUGCAUGGUGAGGGUGAGGCUGCAUUGUCCAUUCCUUGGGAAGGUCUUCCUGUGCCGGAUAGGAUCGAGCUGACAGAGCGUAGACACUUUAUCAUAGGCUGCCUUAGUAAUAAACAAAUGUUUAAUCUGUUUUAUUAUACUAACUGUUCUAAAGAACAUAUGUCUUUAAAAAAUGCUGUGUAACUGAAUAUUUAUUUCCAUGUGAGUAUUAUAAAAGUUACCAAAGGAUUAAACCUGAUUUAGCACUCUGUAAAUGGCCCUGUUGAGGUGGGCCUUGUGAAGGCCUCGCUCUGUAAAACGAGACAUGGUAAACUCAAAUACAGUUCUUCUUUAGGGAAAUUAAAUGUUCUUUUCUAACAGGGUUAUGCCAUAUUGUAACAACCUAUAUUGCACCUCAAAGCAUUUUUCUAUACACUAAAUGUCUCUCCCGCCCUCUAACAAGAUUAAGUUUCCUUUAUUAAUUUUGUUGAUGCACAUUUCUCAAUCUUUUAAACAUAUAUUUUAAACAUUUUAUGGUCUGUAAUUUUUGAAAGUUUUGUCUGUUGGACACUUUAUGCUGAAUUUUACUUGCCUCUGUAAUCUGAGAUGGAUUCUACAGCGUUAAACUUGCUGUCUGUUAAAACUUGAGGCUUCUUUUCUGUGAGCAGAAGAGCUCAUAUAGCAGUGUAGUUAUUUCAGUAUUUAUUUCUAUUAUUGAAUCCAUGAGGUUCAGAAUGUAACUUUGUACAUGAAAUAUAUAUAAAUAUGUAUAUGAAACAUG